CACGUGCUGCCGAUGCAUUGCAAGAUCAAGAUGGCAGCCUCCUUGUGUCGGUGCUACGGGCUGGUGGGCGGCCGCGGCCUGGCUCUCCGCUCCCGGCCGCUGGUCUCCUCUCUCUGGACCCGAGAUGUGUACAGGACCCAGGGGAGCCCGGCCGCACCUGUUCAGGUGCGAUAUGCCUCAGGUCGUAAGGGUUUCCUUGGGGAGUUUGUGGACAACCUGCGUCAGGAGUUCAGUAAGAACCAGGAGAUGAAGGAGAACAUCAAGAAGUUCAGAGAGGAGGCCAAGAGGCUAGAGGAGUCCGAUGCCCUCCAACAGGCCCGCAGGAAAUACAAAACCAUAGAGUCUGAGACAGUGAAGACCUCUGAGGUGUUUAAGAAGACAUUGGGCUCUUUGUCUGAAACAGUGAAGGAGAGUCUAGAGGAGGUGACUCGUACCGACCUCGGGAAGAAGAUAAAGGAGGGGAUGGAGGAGGCAGCGAAGAGCGCCAGGCACUCUGCUGAGUCUGUGUCCAAAGGAGGGGAGAAGCUGGGCAGGACCAACGCUUUCAGGGCCAUCUCACAGGGUGUGGAGACUGUGAAGAAGGAGAUCGAUGUUGGUGAUGCCGGCCCUUACCGGGCUCCUCCUCAGCUGAGGAAGAGGAGUGAGUUCUCCUCUAAAGGAGCCGACAGUGACUCCAGGGUGUUUGAGGCCAAUGAAGAGGCUAUGGGUGUUGUGCUCCACAAAGACUCUAAGUGGUACCAACAGUGGAAAGACUUCAAGGACAACAACAUGGUUUUCAACAGGUUCUUUGAGAUGAAGAUGAAGUACGAUGAAAGUGACAACGCCUUCAUCAGAGCAUCCAGAGCUGUGACUGAUAGAGUCACAGACCUCAUAGGCGGUCUUUUCUCCAAGACAGAAAUGUCUGAGGUGCUAACGGAGAUCCUGAAGGCAGAUCCUACCUUUGACAAAGACUCCUUUCUCAAACAGUGUGAGAGGGACAUCAUCCCCAACAUCCUGGAGGCUAUGAUCCGCGGGGAGCUGGAUGUAUUAAAAGACUGGUGUUAUGAAGCUACCUACAGUCAGCUGGCCCACCCCAUACAGCAGGCAAGAGCUUUGGGGCUGCUCUUCCAGUCCAAAAUCCUGGACAUUGACAACAUCGAUCUGGCGAUGGGGAAGAUCAUGGACCAGGGCCCAGUACUGAUCAUCACCUUCCAGGCUCAGGUCGUCAUGGUGAUCCGCAGCCCCAAAGGAGAAUUAGUGGAGGGAGAUCCGGAGAAGGUGAUGAGGAUGAUGUAUGUGUGGGCUCUGUGUCGUGACCAGGAGGAGCUGAACCCCAACGCCGCCUGGAGACUCCUGGACAUUUCCGCUUCCAGCACCGAACAGGUCCUCUAGGCCAAGGGACAGAGGCCAAGAAUAAAAGAAGGUGGAUCUGGAAUGCGUGGCUGGAAUACAGACAUACUGAUACACACACACACACACACACACACACAUUCAUGUCUGAGCACAGUGUGCAUAUGUGGUCUUCUGUAGGACCAAGGACGGUUGUCAGCAGGAGUGUCUCAUUACUUUAUUUGCAGAUGUAUAUAUUUAACCACAUGAAAACAUGUAAACACAUGACAUUUCCAUAGAAAUACAAGUAAGGGCGCUUUGUCCUCUGGAUGGAGGGGUGUGUGUGUGUGUGGGUGUGUGUGUGUGUGUGUGUGUGUGUGUGUGUGUGUGUGUAUGUGUGUGAGAUCUCUUGCGCUGGGUAGCUCAUUGUUUGUGUUUCCGGUCACUGACUGGAGUGUGGAUACAGCGCAUGCCAUCAGCGACUUGGACGUGAGGGGAGCCUGUAUGUUCUCACCAACAGACUGUAAACAAGCCACCUGUGUGCUUUCCUUCAUUUCUCUUUUUCAUCCAAUUGUGCAUCUGUCCAUGUAGGGCCCGUGACUUGAUCCAAGGAGGUCCGGCAGGCGUUAGCAUGAGCACCUUUUAUCAAAAGCCAAAAACAAGUUAAGAUGAGUUGGAAUCAUAAUAUAGGAUAUUGUAAUGAUCUGUGAGUUUAGGUUCCCUCCUUUCAUAGGUCCUCAACAAUAAGAAACAUUGUAUGUACUUAUUAAUAUAAACUCUUGAAAGUGGAGUCAGCGAUUUUGUGGUAAGAUUGCUGACAUAUCACCUCCCUGUCUGCUAGCUGUCCGUUCUGUGUGCAUGCUGGAAAAAAAAUCCGGUGGUAAAUCUGGCUGCUGAUUUCAGAUACCAACAAUCUUUCUCCAGAAUCGCCGACUCCAGCUUUAACACCUUGUAAAUAUACUGUAUGUGAAGUACUGCUUCUGUGUAAGCUUGGGUGGGACCACAGUUGGAUAUUAUGUUAACUUCAUCAUUUUGGGGUCAUUUGCCAUCUCAUGUUUUGCACUUUUUAAAAAAAAAAAAAAUCAUCUGGUUUACUGACUGUUAUUGCCAUUUAAAUGAUUCAGUGUGUCUCUACAUCCCCACUGGCUCAAACAUCAGUGGGGAUCGAAUAAUACAAUAUACUAGUAUUGUACCUCUCUUAAAAUAUGACCAUUUUUGUGAAGAGAAGUUGAGUUUACGGUGUCUGAAAUGUCUAAAAUGUGCCACCAUGUACUUAAUGUCAGCUAGAUCACAAUUUGAGCCCGUCUUCUCUUUUAUUUAAUUUAUUUAUCUUGGAAAUAAUGGGAGUUGUUUUAAGUACUUUAUGUCGAGGCGGCUUUGACUGUGUCGUUUCAAAGCCAGUUCAGCUGUCACAACAGCUCUCUUGUCAUUUAUGUGAGAUGGUUUAUUGUCAGUGAUACUGGCACUCAUACUACACCUGGUGCCCAAAUCUAGUAAAAUGUCAGAACUGAGAUGACAGUGUGAGACAUUCCAUGGAUGUAUUUUUGAGAGGCACACUGAAACUGAAACCUUGUGCUUACUGGAGACGGUACUGUGUGGAAUUUGUGUCAACUCUGAGGGAAGAAAACACACCAGGGAAACACUAACCAUAAAUCGUGGUCUUACAACCAAUAUGGGAGUGCAUGCAUUGAUAAAAAUGCAUGACAUAAACAAAAUGUAAUGUUAAAUUUGCAGUAAUAUUUAUCAGAAAUUAUCUGUAAUUGAGCCAGAGCGUGGGGUGUACUUGCAGUGACUCAAGGCAUAGUAGUGCUCCAGGCUCCAUGUAACUUUGUGGUUAGAUAAUGUUUGUCUAAUGUUUGACUGUGUCUAUAAAAUAUUUUUUUAAAUAGGCAAAUGUUUCCUGAAAAAUGCUUUUGAGGAUAGAAAUUACUUGAAAAUGACUCUGUAUUGCCACAUUAUGCCACAGCGAUGAAACAGUGUAUAUGCUCAUUAAUACUUAAUGAAGAAUGUUGGGCUAAAACUCACCUAGUUUUUGUUAACUGUACAUCCAUCCUUUUAUCUGUGGGUUGACCAAACAUAAAUAUUAAAUUGAGUUUAUUUUAUAUAUUUUUUUUUUAUUUUUAGCAGUUACAUCUGUUUGCAGAGAAUAAAGAGCACUGUAUUAUGAUUAGCUGUGUCUGAGUUUUCUCAAGUCAGCAGCAUUUAUUUGUAUGCAUUUUCUGU